AAUUUUGCGGUCAGCGCUUAACUUUCACAGAGUUAAAAUUCAAUUUCCCUUCACUGCUUGGCCAUCCUUUGAUCAUCCCAGAUGGGCAUUUUAUUCAGUAGUCUCUGGUCUAAACUGUUUUCUAAAGCAGAAGUGAAGAUCAUCAUAGUUGGUCUUGACAAUGCCGGAAAAACCACCAUUUUAUACAAACUCCUUCUGAACGAAGUGGUGACGACCACUCCGACCAUCGGUAGCAACGUAGAGGAAAUAACUUACAAGAACAUAAAGUUCUUGAUGUGGGAUAUUGGAGGCCAAGAGUCCUUACGAACGUCUUGGAAAACAUACUAUACCAAUACAAAGGCGGUCAUCAUGGUCGUAGAUAGUAAUGACACCGAUCGAUUACAUAUUGCCAAGCGGGAGUUGCAUCAAAUGGUUGAAAGCGAGUCACUCGCGGACGCAGCAAUCUUAAUAUUCGCUAAUAAGCAGGACGUUAAAGGAGCAUUGAACUCAGCGAAGGUCUCCGAUGCGUUGGGGUUGGUGACUUUGAAGGAUCGACAGUGGCACAUUCAGGCAUGUUCGGCUCUGACAGGAGAUGGGUAGGUUAUUUGAGUUUCUCUCUGGAACAAGUAUUGAUGCAGGCAAUCAACUAAUCCUUGGCAUAAUAGGCUAUUUGAGGGCUUAGAUUGGAUUGUUGCGCGUCUUGGCGGACA